AUUUACUAUGCCGUACAAAGUUUCAACCCUUUUCUCUCUCACUUGAUGAGUCGCGUUGGGGUCGAAAUACGUUGCUUCUUGCUUCUCGGCGUCGUGCACAAAUCCUGACCAAAUCAAUCAAGGCAGGAGGAUUUAAAUGAAUUUACAAGCUCCAAUAGCAGGACAGUACUCAAGGCAGGUUUCCAAUCAAGGCGGAGCUUCAUUGCCUGCCAUCCCACAGCAACAGAAUAUGAUGCAGAACUCUGAAGGUGGUCCCCGUGCUCCAGUAACUAUGGAGCAAGCAAGGCAGUUUAUACGAGAUAGAAUCUAUAAGUUCCUCACGCAGCGACUAACUCGGGAAAUGCCUCCAAAGAAUUAUCUGGAUAUUGUUAGACGCUUGGAGGAAGGCCUGUUUAAAAGUGCUCAAUCAAAGGAGGAAUAUUUGAAUUUAGAUACAUUGGAAAACCGUUUGCAAGCUCUGCUCAAACGAAACUCAAUGAACAAUCAAAAUCAACGAUAUCAGCAACAAAGUAAUGCGAAUGCCUCAAUGGGAACAAUGAUUCCAACUCCUGGCUUCCCUCAAAACGGGAACUCAGGUAACAUGAUGUCAUCAGUUGUCAAUCAGGGAAGCUUUUCCAUGACUACCCCUGGGCCUUCUAGAAGCAUGCACACUGGUUCAUUUGAUGGAGGUUUAUCUGAUGGAUCUCAACAGGCGAUGUCUAAUUUUUCAUUAACGGGUGGACAAAGAAUCGGCAGCCAAAUGAUGCCUACUCCUGGAUUAAAUAAUAGUAAUAAUAUUAAUAGCGCGAGUAAUCAAUCAUAUGUGAAGCUGGAGCCAACUAAUAAUGUUUCGGUUAUUUCAAAUGCUGACUCAGCAAUGGUGUCUCAGCCACUGCAACAGAAGCAACAAGUUGGUGGUCAAAACAGCAGGAUCUUGCAUAGCCUGGGAAGUCAUAUGGGCGGGGGGAUCAGGUCAACUUUGACUCAAAAAUCGUAUGGGUUUCCAAAUGGAUCAGUAAACAGUAACUUAGGGAUGAUGGGUAAAAGUUCACCGAUGGUUAAUAGUUUGGGUAACUCCGAAGGAUAUUUGACAGACUCUCAUUAUGGAAACUCUCCUAAACUAGUAUCACAGUAUUUUGAUCAACAUCAAGGACAGAUAUCCCAGGGUGAUGGAUCAGGAAACCUCUUUGUUCCAACAACCUCAUCUACAUCACUAAUGAACAUGAACCCAAAUUUAUCGACAUUACAAAGAACAAACUCUCCCUUGGUGGUCAAUCAGUCAAACUUACACAAUUCUGAUCAGCCUGCAAACAUAAAACCUUCAAUAGAUCAAUCAUAUGCACAACCUUCUGAUCAGCAACAACUCAUUCAAUCUCAAAGACAACAAAAUCAGCAGAAUCAAUGGUUACCAUAUGGGCAGUCUCAGCUGAUAUCUGAUAUGGGCAAUCGAAUUAAAUCUGAACCACAAGCGUAUGAACAUUUUCAGUCAUCCAGAGGUAGUCAGUUGCAUGCUAUUUCAUCUGGUUCUCAAGACAUGUCUUCAUCAAUGCAACAAACUUCAGUGCAGCAACAGCAGAUAGGUGGUCAAGGUCAACCACCUCAAGGUCAAUGGCAUUCCAGACUACAUGAACCAUCGAAUCAUUUAGGUAAUUCAUCAAAUGAGAUGAAAACCGAAGAGGGAUUUCAAGAUCAGAUUCAGCGCAACAGUUUAUCUUCAGAAGCAUCAAUGGCUGCCAAUGCAUCAGCAGACCUACCAUCUGGCCGUGAGUUGCAGUUCAAGAAUCAACAAAGAUGGCUUUUGCUCAUGCUGCACGCUCGGAAAUGUGGUUAUCCACCUGGAAAAUGCCCUGAAAGAUAUUGCAUUGUUGUUCAGAAACUUUGGAAACAUAUUAUGUCACAUAGUGAUGUCACUCAGUGUCAAUAUCCUCGUUGUCAUAGGUCUACGACAUUACUUCAUCAUCAUAAGCAAUGCAAGGAUGAAAGUUGUCCUGUGUGUGUUCCUGUAAAGCUCUUUGUGCAACAAAAGGGGGUCCGCCAAACAAGCUUCCCACAAACAGGAAACGGCUCACAUGAUUAUACUUCAGAAGAUUUGCAUCCUUCCAUUAAACGGUUAAAGAUCGAGCAGUCACCCGCUGCUCAAAACCAAGACCAAAGCGAAAACGAAAACCGAAACCAAGACCAAAACCCAAACCCGAUCAUACCAGUUUCCAUCUCUGCUACGUCUGAACGUCUUCCGGAACCUGAGACACGUCAUCCGUUAAAAUAUGAUGUUGCUGGAGUGAAACAAGAAGUUCCUACAAGUUCUAUGCAAGGAACAAUGAAGAUCACUAAGGAGAACAAUGAUGGUGUAUCACUCUUGUCAAAUGAAGGCACAGGUUUUCCUAAGCAAGAGUUUUUUAAGGCAGAGAAAGAGGUGGGCCCAACUAAACAGGAUGAUGUGGCACUUGUUGCUGAGACGUCUGCUGCUGGAACCAAAUCUGGGAAGCCGAAAAUUAAGGGGGUAUCGAUGAUAGAACUGUUCACACCAGAGCAGGUUCAAGAGCAUAUAACUGGUCUCCGGCAGUGGGUUGGCCAGAGUAAAGCAAAGGUAGAAAAGAAUCAAGCUAUGGAGCACUUAAUGAACGAGAAUUCUUGUCAGUUAUGUGCAGUUGAAAAGCUCAAUUUUGAACCACCACCAACAUAUUGCUCUCCUUGUGGGGCCCGAAUUAAAAGAAAUGCAAUGUUUUAUACUUGGGGGAGCGGUGAAACGCGUCAUUUUUUCUGUAUUCCCUGUUAUAACGAGUCUCGAGGAGACACCAUAAGUGUUGAUGGAACUAAUAUUUUGAAAGCAAGACUAGAGAAAAAGAAAAAUGAUGAGGAGACUGAAGAACCGUGGGUUCAAUGUGACAAAUGUGAAGCUUGGCAACAUCAAAUUUGUGCAUUAUUUAAUGGUCGUAGAGAUGACGGGGGUCAAGCAGAGUACACUUGCCCUAAUUGCUAUGUGGAAGAAGUUGAAAGAGGAGAGCGGGUCCCACUACCUCAGAGUGCUCUUCUUGGAGCUAAAGAUUUACCAAGAACCAUACUUAGUGAUCACAUAGAGAACAGAUUGUUUAAGAGACUGAAGCAGGAAAGGUCAGAUAGAGCAAGAUUCCAAGGGAAAAGUUAUGAUGAGGUUCCUGGAGCGGAAUCACUUGUUGUCAGAGUUGUUUCAUCUGUGGACAAAAAGUUGGAAGUUAAACCGCGAUUCCUUGAGAUUUUUCAAGAGGAAAAUUACCCGUCAGAAUUUGCAUAUAAAUCAAAGGUUGUUUUGUUAUUUCAGAGAAUAGAAGGGGUAGAAGUAUGCCUUUUUGGCAUGUAUGUUCAAGAAUUUGGAGCGGAAUGUGAGCAGCCAAAUCAUCGUCGCGUUUAUCUUUCGUAUUUGGAUUCAGUCAAAUACUUUAGGCCUGAGAUAAGAACAGUUACAGGAGAAGCUCUGCGUACAUUUGUAUAUCAUGAAAUUCUGAUUGGUUACCUAGAAUAUUGCAAGUUACGUGGUUUCACUAGUUGUUAUAUAUGGGCUUGCCCUCCGUUGAAGGGUGAAGAUUAUAUCUUGUAUUGCCAUCCCGAAAUUCAGAAGACACCAAAAUCUGAUAAACUAAGAGAAUGGUAUCUGUCAAUGUUGAGAAAGGCUACAAAGGAAAAUAUUGUAGUUGACCUGACAAAUUUAUACGACCAUUUCUUUGUACAAUCUGGUGAAUGUAAAGCUAAAGUGACUGCAUCCCGUUUGCCGUAUUUUGACGGAGAUUAUUGGCCCGGUGCUGCUGAGGAUAUAAUUUAUGAAAUUCGUCAAGAAGAGGAGGGAAGAAAACAUAAUAGAAAAGGGCCAAUGAAAAGGACCAUUACAAAAAGAGCUCUCAAAGCUUCCGGUCAAACCGAUCUUUCUUCAAACGCUUCUAAAGAUCUGUUACUCAUGCAUAGGCUUGGUGAAACAAUAUCCCCGAUGAAGGAAGAUUUCAUCAUGGUUCACUUGCAGCACCCAUGUACUCAUUGCUGUAUCCUUAUGGUCUCUGGAACACGUUGGGUUUGCAACAACUGCAAAAAUUUUCAGCUCUGCACUAGUUGUUAUGAAAUUGAACAAACUCGGGAAGAGAGGGAGAGACAUCCUAUUAACCAAAGGAUCAAACAUCAACUUUAUCCUAUGGAAAUCAAUGAUGUGCCUACUGAUACGAAAGAUAGAGACGAAAUUCUCGAGAGUGAAUUCUUUGAUACGAGACAAGCCUUUCUUAACCUUUGCCAAGGAAAUCACUAUCAAUAUGAUACGCUGAGACGCGCUAAACAUUCAUCAAUGAUGGCAUUAUAUCAUCUUCACAACCCAACAGCUCCUGCAUUUGUCAUAAAUUGCAUUAUAUGCCGUCUUGAUAUUGAAACAGGCCAAGGUUGGCGAUGCGAGAUCUGCCCCGAUUACGACAUAUGCAAUUCAUGUUAUCUCAAAGGUAGAGGUCGUGAUCAUCCUCACAAGCUGACUCAUCAUCCCUCAAUUGCUGAGCGUGAUGCACAAAACACAGAAGCUCGACAACAACGAGUUCUUCAGCUAAGGAAGAUGCUUGAUCUUUUGGUGCACGCUUCCCAAUGUAAAUCGGGUCAAUGCCAGUAUCCAAAUUGUAGAAAAGUGAAGGGACUUUUCAGACAUGGAAUGCAAUGUAAGAUACGCGCUUCUGGUGGUUGCCUCCUCUGCAAGAAAAUGUGGGAUCUUCUUCAGCUUCAUGCACGCUCUUGUAAAGACUCCCCAUGCACCGUUCCCCGCUGCAGGGAUCUGAGGGAACAUCUGAGAAGGCUGACCCAACAGGCGGAUAGCAGGCGGAGGGCAGCAGUUAUGGAGAUGAUGAGGCAGCGGGCGGCAGAGGUUGCUAGCAGCAGUUAAUGAUGGGAUCAAACUGUAUAUAUACACCAGUUCCGUGAUAAGUUAGUGUACAGUUACAGUUUUGAUUAGUUGGAUUUUCAAGUAUAUUUUUUUUUUUGGAAUGGGGCAACAGCAGCAGCAGGUAGCUGGGCAACAUAGGGAUAGAACAAGUACAGACUAUAGGCAGGUUUGACUAACUUUAUUUCAACAAUUAAGACAUGGGAUUUUGUUUUUAAAUUUUUUUUUUUUGCUUGGUAGUGACCUUAGGUCAUGCAAAUAUUUCUCCCACUUUGUUUUAUAGUGAUUGUUCAUUUAAA